GUGAAAGUAAAGUGUGAAACUCCACCGUCCUUUUCCCCCGUUAUUUCUGGAAAAGACGUCGUGUUACAUUCUGUUCGUUGAUAAAUUAGCCUUUGGACUGUUUUGGUUUAUUUUUCUAAACUCCUAAUAGUUUUAUUCACCAGUUACAAACAGCUUUACCUUGGAGUCAGACUUGUUUUGUAGUGAAAUGAAGACCUUUCCGACCUCGGCGGUCUGGUGUUUAGGGAUUCUGUUCAUCAGUGUUUCAUUGAUAACGACAGGGUCGUCUGAGGUUCAGGUUGUUGGACCGGCUGACCCAGUCAUUGCCUUAGCUGGUGAUGACAUCAUUAUACCAUGUUCCCUGAAACCCAAUGUCAGUGCUGAGGAGAUGACAGUGAAAUGGACAAGAUUGAACCCGAAAGCAGAAAACGUCCAUCUUUACCGUGACCGUCGAGACUCCAAUGAGGACCAGUCUCCAUCCUACAGCGGAAGGACAUCAAUGUUUAAUGAAGAACUGAAGAACGGCAACGUCUCCUUAAAGCUGACCAGAGUUACUCUCUCUGAUGCUGGAAGCUACAGGUGCUUCAUUCAAACACUGACCAGCCAGGUGAAGGAAACCACCGUUCAACUCCUUGUUGGUGCUGAAUCCCAGCCAGUGAUCUCUAUUGUUGAAACAGAUGGAUAUUAUGACGACAUUAAUAUAUAUGAUGACGACAUUGAUCUAUUUAACCUCCUUGGUCUAUUUAACCUCAUUGUUCCAACUCCCAUUCCAUCUCCAGCAGUCCCAGUGUUGUCCAUGUCUCUACCCAGGCUGCUGUGUAGUCUACUGGUGGGGUCUCCCUACCUGCUGGUGACCAUCAUACUGCUGGUGAAAUACUGCAGGAGCAGGGCUCAAGGUGAAACCAGGGUACCCAGGAAGACCCACCAAGACCAAUUAGGUGAUCAUGUUGAAGAAGAGUGAGGCUGAGAUCACCUGAUCACCAUAACAACCAUCAGAAUGGAACUCAUGGAAUUCUAAUAUAGAACUGUGAGUCACAAUGCUGUAUGUUGUUACAUUGUAGCUCCACCUGCUGGAACAAUAGUGGCAUUUGAUCAAAUGUGAUCUAUUAACUGAUACAUGUAUUAUUCUGAUUGGAAUGUGUUUUAAUAUAAUGUGUGUUGUAUUAUUCAUUCAGCAGCUGUCCUUUAACAUCAGUCAUAUACUGGUCAUAUACUGUAUAGCAUUAUGGUUGAUACAUUGUAAAUGCCUUCACUUUUCAUGUCUAUACAGAUAAACUGAUAGGUGUUGUGGUUCAGGCAUUAUUGUUACAGGUUCAGUAUAAUGUUAAACCGUUAUAUGUUACAGAAAUAGAAAACAUACAGGAGAGGAGAAUUCAAUUACUAUCAUUAUUUACUUUAUUUUCCCAUUUUGGUCUCUAUAGUUGUUCAUCAUUAUUUGAUUUAAACAUGAAACUAAUGUGGUCCUUUUGUUUUAUUCUGGUUUUGUGCAAAACCAUAAUUUUACUGUUAAUCUUCCUGGUAAGAUAUUGCUUUUGUCUUUGUAGCAUAUAGAAUGAAAUAAAUGAUUUUC